AUGAUUUCGAAUCCUAUGAUGGAAUCAGAUUAGAACAAUCAACAAACCAGAAGUGGACAGUCCCAGGGAACUUAUUAAUUGGUAAAAUCUAGUUAAAUCGAACUAUCAGUCAGGAAUAAACUUAUUGAAUAGGAAACAGAAUAUCCAAAAGUGCCACAGUCAAGAUAAAAAGAAAAAUUACUUUGCACUAGCUGCAAUCAAGUGGUAGAAUCAAACGUUCAGUAUGAAAUGGGUAGAUGUAGUUAUAUCGUAAUGAUUAUCCUCAUUGCGGGUAUAAUUACUGCUAUUUUGGCUUUCCUCCCAUGCUUACUUGAUAAUUGCAAAGAUGCUAAACAUAAGUGCUCCAAAUGUGCAUAGCUUAUUGGUACCAAAAAAUUUAUAUGUGGAUGA